GAGCAGGUGUAUGCGGCCGUUCGCAUUCUUCAAUCAGUUGUUUGUCACAUUACCGGACUGUGCGUGUAUGGCCCAUUUUCGGGUGAUGUACAACCAGCGGGCCGUAACAUAAGGACGAUGGCUGCAGAAUCAGUAAGAGUUAUCGUUCGAUGCCGUCCACUUAACACGCGAGAACUGGAGUUAGAGUGCAAAAAUAUCAUCGAUAUUGUCGCGGAAACUGGACAGUGCUCAAUUAAGCACCCUUCGGACAAAAAGUUUCCUCCGAAGAACUUUUUUUUCGAUGGUGCCUUCGACAUAAGCUCAACAACAGAACAAAUCUACAGUGAUAUAUGCUAUCCACUGGUGGAAGGUGUUACGGAAGGAUACAAUGGUACAAUAUUCGCCUAUGGACAAACAGGUUGUGGCAAGUCCUUCACAAUGCAAGGAAUAUCCGAGGAUGCGUCCCAGCGUGGCAUAAUUCCACGUGCUUUUGAUCACGUAUUUGAAACUAUUUCUGUUAGCCAAAACACGAAGUUUUUGGUUUAUGCGUCAUUUUUGGAAAUAUACAACGAAGAAAUCAGAGACUUGUUGGCUCGUGACGUGAAGACAAAACUAGAUCUGAAGGAACACCCGGAAAAAGGAGUUUAUGUUGCUGGCCUGUCCGUGCACAAAGUGAGCAGUGUUGACGAAUGUCAGGUGAUCAUGGGGACUGGAUGGAAAAAUCGCUCGACAGGUGCGACUCUGAUGAACGCCGAGAGUAGCCGGUCUCACUCUAUUUUCACCAUACACCUGGAAAUGAUUGAUCGUGAUCCGCAACUCACCUCAGAGAAGAUCAAGGCUGGCAAACUGAACCUGGUCGAUUUGGCUGGAUCGGAAAGGCAAGCGAAAACGGGUGCUGCUGGUGAUCGUCUCAGAGAAGCCACGAAAAUAAAUCUGAGUCUGUCUGCUUUAGGCAACGUCAUUUCCGCAUUGGUUGACGCAAAAGUGAAGCACAUUCCAUACCGUGAUAGCAAGCUUACUCGUUUGCUGCAGGAUUCACUUGGGGGCAACACGAAAACAUUGAUGAUUGCAUGUUUAUCUCCUGCGGAUAACAAUUACGACGAGACACUUAGUACAUUGCGGUAUGCGAACAGGGCCAAGAAUAUCCAGAACAAACCGAAGAUAAAUGAAGAUCCCAAAGAUGCACUACUUAGGCAGUACCAAGAUGAAAUUGCUCGCCUGCGGCAGUUGCUUGAAGAACGGCCAUCGACUGUCCAGACAUCCGACUUGAUCUCUUCUGACAACUCAUCGGACAUUUUUGCCAAUGCUGAGGAAAGAGAAAGAUUGAGGCAGGAAUACGAGGCCAAAUUGCGUGAGAAGGAAGCUCAGUUUAAUGCUGAGGCUGCUGACAAAGCAAAACUGCUCGAAGAAAUCCAACGAUUGCGAGCAUUUCAUGACUCAAAAUUCGGUCAUCCUGGAGAACAUGAAAAUGACUUGCUGUUGGAGGAAUCACGAAUUCUUCGCCAUCACACACGAAAAACUGAGUCUGUUGGUGUUAGCACGACAGGCACGGCCUCUGCUGUCGCCAAUGAACAAUAUGCGUUUGUCAGUACAUCAGAUUCCUUGGCGUGCAGCUCCGUGCUUGUCAUUGACCAGGAAGGCACCCUUCAAAGUCAGGAUGUAGAUGAUAAAUUCACUACGAAACACAAAGGUCUUCUGAUUUCCGCCCCAAAGUCAACAACCUCACGCAACGCAGUCAUACGUUCCAUGGAUGGUAAACUGACAAACAGGACACUAACACAGUCCACCACAAAAUUGGCUCUUGAGUCACUCACGCGUGAUGAACUGUUGGAGCGACUUUCCAUACUGGAGGCAGGUAUGGUCGGUGGAGAAGAAGCCAGUAAUCCUGAAAUAAGAGCCCGGCAUUCGCGCAGGCAAAAGUAUGCGGAAGAGCGCAGGCGGCGCCUUGAGCAAGCCAAUGCAGCACUAGAGGAUGAAGGUAUAAUGGUUGGGAUAUACGAAACAAUUCAAGAAGAGCUGUGUCACAAGAAUAAACUUCUUCAGCGUGAAAAACAGAAGAAUAUGUCCCUACGAAUGGAACUGAGCGACAUCCAGUCAGAAUUUGAACAAGACCGCAGCGACUACCUCGAUACCAUCAGAAGGCAACAGCGUCAAAUGGACCUCCUACAAGCUAUCAUUGAUCGUAUACAACCAUGUAUCAGACGGGACAGCAAUUAUUAUAACGUAGACAAGAUAAAGCGUAUCGCCAAGUUUGAUGAAGAAAAGAAUGAAUGGGUCCUUCCUCAAAUGACUGUUGAGCGAACGCAUUUUCCGCUCGCUGUGACAGAUCCAAUACGUGCAACCACAGACUUACCGGAAGGACUCGGACCCCUAAAUUCAUUGAGAGUAGCUGGCGUUGUAAGGGAUAUGGAGAAAGAAAACGAGGAAGAGGCGCGCUAUUAUGCCAAAUUGGCGAGUAGAACUCAAUCGCAACCGAAUUAUUUUGCUAAUCGUCGAGCCAAUCAGCUACUGAUUGACGCAGCGGCUUUGAGCUCCGGAGCCAAUCGUGCAUGCUCCGUAUCAACGACACUUGGUCCCAACAUUCACUCAACAUGCUUCGGUCUAGGAACCGCGCCAUCCGACACAAAUACACCUCCACAAAACUCAACUGGAGCGCUACCUGGUGCCUUGGAUGAUGUUUUUCACAGCCCUUCCAAGAGGCAUUCUAAAUUUGAAAGCAGGUUGAAGAACAGCCAAAGUCCUACAGCUUAUGGAAAGCAGAACUCACCCUCCUAUCGUAAACCCAAAUAGAAUUCCUGGCUGUCAAUUUUUAAGUGCAGCUGCUUACGUAAUACGUCAGAGAAGACUCGAAUGUCGAUCUCAUUUAAAUCAGCAAUCCACAAUGGCAACAACGGUUGGUUAAUCCUCGAAAGAGGCUUAAUCUAUUUGAUUGUGUGUUACGCAGACCUUUCUUCUAGUUCGAGCAAAGUUGGAUGUUCGUCAGUGGCUAAUGUCGCCGUGGAGCGACUACUAAAGGGACCGGCAGGAAUGGUCCCUUCUGGAGGAGCCAAACAGAAUAACUUAGGCGUAAGACCAUGUUGCUGUUUAUUUCUUAUGAUAAUCGCAGCAGUUCAUUCCAACAAAGAAUCCUUCAGAGCCAC